GCACCAUCUCAGAGGAGUUAUCUAUCCCCAGCCAAGCACUGUCAGGGGCUGUUUUCUGUCCAAAGGGCCUGAGGACACUGACAUAGAAGAUGUGUGAGGAAGAGGACAGCACUGCCCUUGUUUGUGACAAUGGGUCAGGGCUCUGUAAAGCCGGCUUUGCUGGUGAUGACGCUCCAAGAGCAGUUUUCCCUUCCAUUGUGGGUCGUCCCAGGCACCAGGGUGUGAUGGUUGGUAUGGGUCAAAAAGACAGCUACGUAGGUGAUGAGGCUCAAAGCAAGAGAGGAAUCCUGACCUUGAAAUACCCCAUAGAACACGGAAUCAUCACAAACUGGGAUGACAUGGAGAAGAUCUGGCAUCACUCUUUCUAUAACGAGCUGCGUGUUGCACCUGAAGAACACCCAACUCUGCUGACUGAGGCUCCACUGAAUCCCAAAGCCAACCGAGAGAAAAUGACCCAGAUUAUGUUUGAGACUUUCAAUGUUCCAGCCAUGUAUGUAGCUAUUCAAGCCGUCCUGUCCCUCUAUGCUUCUGGACGUACCACAGGAAUUGUGCUUGACUCUGGGGAUGGUGUCACCCACAACGUGCCAAUUUAUGAGGGCUAUGCCUUGCCACAUGCCAUCAUGCGCCUGGACCUGGCUGGCCGUGACCUGACAGACUACCUCAUGAAAAUCCUGACAGAACGUGGCUACUCCUUUGUGACCACUGCGGAGCGUGAAAUCGUCCGUGACAUCAAGGAGAAACUGUGUUAUGUGGCCCUGGACUUUGAAAAUGAGAUGGCCACUGCUGCCUCUUCCUCCUCUCUGGAAAAAAGCUAUGAGCUUCCUGAUGGUCAGGUGAUCACCAUUGGAAAUGAACGCUUCCGCUGCCCAGAGACCCUUUUCCAGCCUUCUUUCAUUGGCAUGGAGUCUGCUGGCAUUCAUGAAACCACAUACAACAGCAUCAUGAAGUGUGACAUAGACAUCAGAAAGGAUCUUUAUGCCAACAACGUACUGUCUGGAGGCACUACAAUGUACCCGGGUAUUGCAGACAGGAUGCAGAAGGAAAUAACUGCUCUGGCUCCCAGCACUAUGAAGAUCAAGAUCAUUGCUCCUCCUGAACGUAAGUACUCCGUCUGGAUUGGAGGCUCUAUUCUUGCCUCCCUUUCUACUUUCCAGCAGAUGUGGAUCAGCAAACAGGAAUAUGAUGAAGCUGGCCCAUCCAUUGUUCACCGCAAAUGCUUUUAAAUUGCUUGAUCUUUAUAUGCCUCCUUAGUGUAUUACUGUGAAUGUAUUCAGGAAAAUACAUUCUUAUAAUUUCAUUCCAUAAAUCCUUCAUCGUAACUACUCUAAUUAAUUGGAUACUGUAUUUUUUUAAUAAAUUUUAAAUGUGCUAU